AUGUUCUACGGGACCCACUUUGUCAUGUCACCACCAUCCAAGCGGAAGCUGAAGGCGCCAGAGCAGCUGCUGAGUUCCAUGCUGUCCAGGACACUGAGCCACAGGACCCGGGCAGCCCGUGACGCUGGGGCGACUGACCCCACUGAGCUUUCCACGCAGCUAUCGGCGCCUGGGGUGCUGAAAGUGUUCGGGGAUAGCGUGUGCUCGGGUGCCCACUAUAAGAGUGUCCUGGCCACAGGCGCAUCGAGUGCCUGUGAGCUGGUGAAGGCUGCGCUGGAGCGCUAUGCACUGAGCCCUGAGCACGCUGACCGCUUCGUGCUCUGCGACGUGGUGGGCCAGGCCAGUGGCAAUGGGCACCAGUGGCGGCCUGAGGGCUUCCGCGUGUUUGGGGACACGAGAAACCCCCUCCUGGUGCAGGAGCCUGUGGGAAGCCUCGGGAAGGGACUGGCCCGGAGGUUUGAGCUGCGCCGGCGGGCUGAUGUGGAGGAGCUGGCAGCCCGCGAUGUGGACACUAUGACUGCAGGCAUCAACGCCCAGGCUCGAAGGCUGCAGCGGGUCCGUGCCAAGGGAACCCCGGCCCUAGCCUCGGGGGGAACCCGGAGCCCCCCACUACCCCGGCUGCGCCGCACGGUCAGUGAGACCAGCCUGAGCCCGGCCCCAGUCCUGUCGGACACUGCCCAGGGCCCCGAGGAACCGGGCAGGGACGCCCUGAAGGGCCGCUUGGAAGAGUGUCCGCACCUGCUGCUCCUGCAAGGCUACAACCCCCAGCAUGACAGCCUGGUGUACGUGCUGAGCCGGGAGCGCCACACCGUGGGCCAGCGCACGCCGUCCAGCAAGCCAAGCAUCAGCCUGUCCGCGCCCGACAUCCUGCCGCUGCACUGCACCCUGCGCCGCCUCGCGCCCGCUGGGGAUCCCGGGCCCCGCCUGGUCCUGGAGCCCAUCCCCGGGGCACCGGUGUCGGUCAACUUCUCGGAGGUGGGGGGCCGCGCCGUGCCGCUGCGCCACGGGGACCUGCUGUCGCUGGGCCUCUACUACCUGCUGCUGGUCAAGGACCCCGGGCAGGCGCAACCGCUGCCGGGUCCAGCCCUGGCCCGCCUGCGCGCUGCCACCGCGCCCGCGCCCCUGGGCUGCCGCCUGUGCGGGGCGGCGCUGCGGGCUCCCGCUGGCCCUUCGCGGGGUUCGCGGCCGCUGCAGUUGGAGUUCGAGCCCGAUGUGGAGGACGCGCUACUGGGGCGCAUCCUGACGCUAGUGGAGCCCGGCGGCGCCGACCACCCGCUGACCCCCGCCUUCCUGCUGUGCCUGUGCGUUAGGCACUCGGCCACCCGCCAGCCUCCAGGCGCCUUUGGGCCGCUGCUGCUCAAGAUCGCCCGGGCCAUCCAGGACACCGUCUGGGAGAAGGCCAAGGAACUGGCAGAGAAGCAGGCGCUACUCCCAGAGCCCGUGUCUCCGACCAGCGUGUCCAUGGCUGGCCUGGCUCCUGACCUGCAGCAUCUCCUUUUCUGGAUGGCCAACACCGUGGAGCUGCUUUACUUCGCGCAGCAGCAGUGCCCGUGUUACAUGCAGAGCUUGGAGGAGGAGCUGGACGUCACAGGCUCCAAGGAGUCGCUGUUCUCCUGUGCACUGACUGCCAGCGAGGAGGCCAUGGCAGUGCUAGAGGAGGUGGUGCUGUACGUCUUCCAGCAGUGUGUGUACUACGUGUCCAAGUCCCUAUAUGGUUGCCUGCCGGGCCUGCUUGAGGGGCCCCCUUUCCAGACAGAGCCUCGGGGCAGCCGAUGCUCAGCCCCACAGCUGCCAGAGGAGUUGCGCCGCGUCGUGGCCAUCUACCAGGCCACCCAGGAGUUGCUGGGGGAGCUGCAGGUGCACCCCGAGAUGGCAGCACAGCUGUUAUCCUACCUGCUUUUCUUCUCGGGCACGAUGCUGCUCAACCAGCUGCUGGACAAAGGUCCUUCUUUGAGCUGCUUCCACUGGCCACGCAGUGUCUAGGCCGGUGCCCGCCUGCAGCAGCUGCUGGAGUGGACACAGGGCGCUGGCUGUGGGGAGGCUGCUGAGGGCUUCUUCAGGAAGCUUUGCUGCACGCUUGAUCUGCUGGCCACGCCCAGCGCCCAACUCAUCCAGAUGAGCUGGGCCGACUUGCGUGCUGCCUUCCCGGCCCUGAGCGCCCCGCAACUGCACCGCCUGCUGACACAGUACCAGCUGGCCUCGGCCAUGGGCCCCAUGAGUGCCUGGGAGCCAGGUGCCCCCGACAACGCUGAUGCCCUGCAAUCAGAAGAUGUCCUGGAGUCCUACGAGCACCCGCCGCCCAUCGUCCUGCCCAGCAGCGGCUUCCAGGUGGACCUGGAUGCCGUGGUCACCGAUGAGCGCCUGUCGCGCCACCUGCUCGCCCUGCGUCGCUUCCUGCGGGGCCUUCGAAACCAGGCCCCGGAGGACACAGAGGCCUCGCCGCACCCAAGCCCCGAGGGGCCCCCUCCGCCCACUGCGGCUCCCGUGGCCCCUCCUGGUCGCAGCAGCAGCAGCAGCCGUGAAGGCCCUGCGGCCAGCGCCUCCACCACCGACUCCUCAUGCCUGCUCACACCGCCCAGCACUCCGCUGGGCCUGGAGCUGCAGGCCCUUGACUGGCCAGGUCCUGGUGGCCCCUGUGGGAAGGCACUGCUGGACAGCCUGAGGGAUGGCCCCUGGGGAGACAAUGCCCCUGGAGAUGAUGAGCCCAUGGUACCCCCCUGUGGCCCUAGCUGUGGCCCUGUGUUCCGGGUGGAGCUGGAGCGCGGCCCUUGUGGGCUGGGGAUGGGCCUCAUUGAUGGGCUGCACACGCCCCUGGGCGUCCCCGGACUCUACAUCCAGACCCUGCUGCCUGGCAGCCCCGCAGCUGCUGACGGACGCCUCUCACUGGGGGACCGGAUCCUGGAGGUGAAUGGCAGCAGCCUGAUAGGAGUCAGCUACCUGAGGGCGGUGGAUCUGAUCCGACACGGGGAGAAGAAGAUGCGGUUCCUGGUGGCCAAGUCUGACGUGGACACAGCUCAGCGGAUCCGCUUUUGCACACCCCCUUCCUAGGCCAGGCCCUGCUGCUCAGACAUUCAGCCCUUCAGCCUGCCACCAGCUCCCUUGUCAAUAAACCCUUUCACAUGA